AUGGAUGCAAAUUAUACUUUUGUCACUGAAUUUGUGUUGCUGAGCUUCCCACAUAUCCGUGAAUUGGAGGUCUUCCUCUUCAUUAUGAUUUUCAUCAUCUACGUUCUGACACUGAUGGGCAACAUGGUCAUCAUCAUCCUUAUUUGCACUGACUACCGUCUACACACUCCCAUGUACUUCUUUUUGGGAAACUUCUCCUUCAUGGAGAUUCUGAUUACUUCUGUCGUUGUUCCCAAAAUGCUUCAGAAUCUGCUGUCUAAGAAAAAAAGCAUCUCCUUUGCAGGUUGUAUCACUCAAUCUUAUUUCUAUUUCUUCCUUGGUGGUGUUGAAUUCAUCCUGAUUGCAGCAAUGUCCUUUGACCGUUACUCAGCCAUCUGCAACCCUCUCCACUACAAUAAUGUAAUGACAGGAAGAGUCUGUGUCCACAUAGUUGUUUGUUCUUGGCUUGGAGGCUUCUUCUCCAAUAUCUUCUCCACUAUAAUGAUGACCCGUCUGCCUUUCUGUGGCCCAAAUGUUAUCAACCAUUUCUUCUGUGACAGUGCCCCUUUGCUUAGGUUGACCUGCAUCAGCAUCCAACUUUUUGACUUCAUUGAGUUCCUCAAUUUCAUCUUUUCCACUAUAGUCAUAAUUACUUCCCUCUUGGUGACAGUGGUGGCUUAUGCCUUCAUUUCAGUGACCAUUCUCAGGCUACCAUCCUUGGAGGAACGACAAAGAGCUUUCUCCACAUGUGCCACUCAUAUAACCAUGGCUGUGUUGGGUUAUGGGAGCACCAUCUUCUUGUAUGUGCGUCCAGCCAAGUCCACCUCAGUUCAGGACAAACUGGUAGCUCUGCUCAACACAAUUGUCACUCCUGCACUCAAUCCAUUUAUCUUCAGCCUAAGGAACAAGAUGGUGAAGGAUGUAGCAAGAGAUGCCUACAACAAGAGUCUUCUCUUCUUCAAAAAUCUGAGGAAACUGGGAAUGUAG